CGUCGGCGCCAUUUUAGGCUCCUGUUACAACAUUCCUAAUCCUUUAUAAAUACAAAAAAUUUUCCCCGUUCGUUUUCUCUAAAAAGUAAAGAAAAAGAAAAAGGAGAGGAUCCUCGCCAAAUCUCCGUCGCCUCGUUCUCUUCCAUAUAUAAAAACCCCACCGCCACCACAAUCGCCACCAGUAACAGUAGCUUCCGAUUCUCCCGCCGGCGGUUCGCUGCAAGCGGUAACGUUUCGGGAGACUCGGAUUCUGUUUUUCUAAAUUUUUUAUAUCUCGCUGAAAUCCACCUCCGUCGCCGGCUGCUGCGCGCUUUUUUCUAUUAAUGGUGGAGAUGACGACGGCGGCGGCGACGACGACAGAGGAGAAAAGCGAAAGCUGCGGGAGCCGAGCAGUGGAGGGAGGGAGGUCUCCGUCGCCGCCGCCGCAGGGGAGGCAGCAGAGGCAGAAGCUGGAGGUGUACAAUGAGGUUCUCCGUCGGCUGAAGGAAUCGGACAAUGAAGAGGCCGAUCGUGCCGGUUUUGACGACGAGCUCUGGUCUCACUUCAGCCGCCUUCCCGUUCGAUAUGCAUUGGACGUAAAUGUGGAAAGAGCUGAGGAUGUUCUAAUGCACAAGAGACUACUGCAUUUGGCUCACGAUCCGGCUAAUCGGCCGGUGAUCGAAGUCCGGCUAGUACAGGUUCCUCCUAGUCCUGAUGGGAACUGGGCUGAUGAUUCUAACUAUCCAGGAUCUAAUAGGGAGCAAUCUGCCCAAAGCAGUCGACAGAGCAUACAUCCACCUCCUGCAUUUGGUUCAUCUCAUAAUCUUGAAGCACUUGCACUUGAAGGAAAUGAUUCUGAAGAUCAGGAUGAUGAUCAUUCUGUACAUGCCAAUUCACAGUUCUCUCGGCCCAUGCACGAAAUAACAUUUUCAGCGGAGGACAAGCCAAAACUUUUGAGUCAGUUGACUUCCUUGCUCUCUGAUGUUGGAUUGAACAUUCAAGAAGCUCAUGCGUUUUCAACAGUUGAUGGUUACUCAUUGGACGUCUUUGUUGUUGAUGGUUGGCCUUAUGAGGAAACGGAGCAGCUUAGAACCGCUUUGUUAAAGGAAGCUUACGACAUUGAGAAUCGGCCUUGGUCGAACAAUCACUCACUACAUUCUGCAAAGAAACUUGAGCAGAUUAAUGUCAAAUACGGUCCUGAUUGCGUGACCAUACCCAACGAUGGGACUGAUGUCUGGGAAAUUGAUCUUAAACAGCUGAAGUUUGACAACAUGGUGGCAUCUGGAGCAUAUGGAGACCUGUACAAAGGUACUUACUGUAGUCAAGAAGUAGCUAUCAAAGUACUGAAGGCUGAGCGAGUAAAUACGGAUAUGCAGAAAGAGUUUGCCCAGGAAGUCUACAUAAUGAGGAAAGUUCGGCAUAAGAAUGUUGUACAAUUCAUAGGUGCAUGCACCAAACCACCAAGUUUGUGUAUAGUAACAGAAUUCAUGUCUGGCGGCAGCGUGUACGAUUACCUACAUAAACACAAGGGAGUUUUCAAGCUUCCCUCCUUGCUUAAAGUAGCAAUAGAUAUUUCCAAAGGAAUGAACUACUUGCACCAAAACAACAUAAUUCACCGAGAUUUGAAGGCUGCAAAUCUUCUCAUGGAUGAAAAUGAGGUAAAAGUUUUUCCAUCUGUCUAUUGCCAUUGAACACUUCAAAAAAUUUCCGCUUUACUUGAACCGUGCUUUAAUCUGAAUGACCCUACUCUUGUCGCAUAAUCUCAAAGCAAUCCGAUCCCAUAGCACUCCCUUUCAUCAUCCUAUGCUGCUUGUUAGCUGCUAGUCUAAUUAGAGUGGAUCCGUUAACAAUACAUCUAAUUCACAAUAAAAGAUUCUUAAAGAGGUUGGACCCAAACGCCAGUCAAGUUAUUGUUGUUGCAAAUAGGGCAUCAUUCAUUGGGUUUGGAUUAGCUGUUAUUGUUCACCGUCAUUAGGUUUGUACUGGUGGUUACCGUUCACAGCCAUAGAGAUAUGUUGCUAGUCCCGCGUGAUAGUAAACCCUUUUGAUUCUUUCAUAUAUUCAGGUGGUGAAGGUUGCAGAUUUCGGAGUCGCCAGAGUGAAAACUCAAUCUGGUGUCAUGACAGCUGAAACCGGGACCUACAGAUGGAUGGCUCCUGAGGUCAUUGAGCACAAGCCGUAUGACCACAAGGCCGACGUCUUCAGUUUCGCCAUCGUACUGUGGGAGCUUCUAACCGGAAAGGUAAACCCCCAGUCCCCCACCGUCUCCUUCCGUUUCGGGUUUUCUGAUAGAUUACCUUCCAACGUUGCCACCAACCCGGCUUUCCCUUUUUUCCUGGUAUCCCAGCUUCCGUACGAGUACUUGACACCCCUUCAGGCAGCAGUUGGCGUGGUCCAGAAGGGCUUACGGCCUACAAUCCCCAAGCACAGUAACCCGAAGCUCGCGGAGCUCCUGGAGAGAUGCUGGCAGCAGGAUCCAGCGCGAAGACCCGACUUCUCCGAAAUCAUAGAGAACCUGCAACAGAUAGCCAAGGAGGUUGGAGACGACUUGGGCGACGGGCGGAAGGAGAAGUCUCACGGCGGGUUCCUCUCCGUCCUCAGAAGAAGCCACCAUUGAUGGAAUGGAAGAGAUAAAAAAGGCCCAGGAGAGGAAUUAUGCGUGGGAUUUUCCAUGUAGCCAAAAUGUUGUGUAGGUUAACUUAUUUAACCGUUCAUCUUCUCGGGGUUGUCAAAUUACUGUACAGUAAUAUAUUCAUUUUCAUUUUUUGGCUUCCAUCAUUUAGUUGGCGUCGUUCGUUGAUUCUCCUAUUUAUUGGCAUUUUCCCUUGUCGAAUUGCAUUCCGCCAGCACGCCGGUGUCUUUUUCAUUUUUCUUCCCAAAAAACGUAGGCCG